CCACACGACGGUCGACCAUCGCGUUCUAACACCGUCCGAUCUUCGCUUCCUUUGUGUGCGCGUGGUGCUGACUCGUGUGUGUGUGUACGUUAUCCUUACCUGGUUCUUCGCAUCUACCUUUUUCUUUGACGCCAACAGACCAUCACUUCCCUGCGUACUCCGUCGCGACUUACCCAGCAAUCCAAGAGUACAAGAAGUAAAAUACUGCCUGCCUAAAAGCACCCACAUCGACGUGGCCAGCCAUCAUGGAGGAAGAGUCGCUGUCGAUGCUGACCGUGGUCGUCCCCGCCGUAGUCGGGGUUAGCGUGGUGGUAGUAACGGUGGUCCUAGUGUUCUGGCUGGGAGCCGGGCGCCAGACGAGCUACGAAGACGCCAUGAAGGCCAGACAGGGCCACGCGGACAGGGAGCUCCGCAAGAUCACCGAGAGGGAGAGGGAGCAGAAGCAGAAGAGGGAGAAGAAGAGGCCGGGAGGGAGGAGCGGGAGAAGGCAGGAGUCCGGGAAGCUGGAAGGUCAGCAGGGAGACGUGGAGGUCACACCACUGCCACCUGCCCAGAAGGGGAUCCUCAAGACGACGACGACUAGCAAGGCCAACAGUGUGGCGGCAAAGGACAAGGCUGAACCGUCUGCUGGAGUUAGAGUUGAUUUCGAGGUAUCUGAGACGCCAGCCAAGCCCAGCAAGACCCCACGUACCAAUCCCCCCACUCCCCACCCUUCCGCCCAGCGAGGGUCCCGCCCACCGUUUUCCACGCCCCUCGCCCGGGCUCUGGAACCAGAGGUGGGGGAAGAGGAGGAAGAAGACGAGGAGGCUGACAACGCAUUCAUUCCCCGUGUCCUGAGGAUCGAGCCACCCCAGAAGAAGAGCAGCCGUAGCAACAACAACGACGACCAGGUGCAACUGCAGUCAAAACCAAAGGCUCCACCGACGACGUUGACAACAGCCACUGCUGCCACCAAGAGUGCCACUGUGGUCAGUGUGGGAGCUACCAAAAGUGCCACUACUACCACCGGAGGAGCCACAUCUCGUGGCCAAAAGAAGACAAAGAAAUCCAAAUCUACUGCAGGUCCAGGAGAGCUGGAGGCAAUGCCGGCCUCCCGUAUCUCAGACGUAGUGAGUGCCAGCACACUGAGCAACGAAGAGAUCCAACAUCUCAUUGACAAGCUCCUCGAGAUGCAGGACGCCAAUGCCGAGUGGAAGAUGAAAGGAGCGAGCAAGGGAACGGAGAGUGUCAAAUCCCUGAAGAAAGCCAACGAGGACUUGCAGGAACGCUGCCAGAAUGCUGAGAAUACCGUCCGAGACCACUACCAAAAGAUCAAGAAACUAGAAGUUGAGAUAGCGGAGGAGAGGUCCAAGCGACAGACGUCUGAGAGACAGCUCCAGUUGAGAAUCAGCAAACAGACCAACGAGAUCACCAUCUUCAAAACCAAGCUCGGUGGCCUUGAGGAGGAGCUCAAACUGACGAAACAGCUCAACACCUCUAAACUGGAGGAGGAAAACUCAACGCUCACCCAACGGAUGAACGCACUUGCCCAGGAGAACUCCUCCCUCACUAGCCAGCUGGCCUCACUCAAACAGUCUCUACAGGAGUCACAGGAGCAGUCGGCACGGCUACACUCGGAUCUCCGCAAGGCCAAGAGUGCCGCCAAGAGCCCGGCAGGGGGUGGGGGCGGGGCCGAUGGGCGUGGCCAGCUGGAGAGGGUCGGGGAGCUGGAGCAACGACUGAGACAAGUUGAAGAGGACAACGCAUCACUUCAGGCAGCUCUGAUCAGUGUUGGUAAAGAGAAGGACCAGCUGGUGGAGCAGGUCCAGAGCCUGGUGGCCGCCUCUCAGGAGAGAGACACACUCUCUCAGCAGCUCUCCUCCGCCCAGCAGCUGCUGCAGGAAACACAGGUGGCAAUGAAGACAAUGGAGCAAAAGGAGGCGGAGGGAGAGGCAGCCGCGGGGGCCGAAAUCUCUCGGCUGGAGCAGCAGAACGCCCAGCUAGGCUCACAGGUCGACGCCCUGCGCCGGCAGUCGGAGGGUGUGGUGUCGUCGACGGUGAUGGAGCUCCGGCAGCUGCAGGAGGAGAAGGCGCGGCUGGAGGUCCUCGCGCAGCAGUCUGCGGAGUCGGCCGCGGCGACAGCGGCUGAGGUUCAGAGACUCCGCGAGACCAACGCUCAGCUGGGCUCCCAGGUGGAAGGUCUUCAACAGCAGUCUGCGGCUGAGGCUGUUACACUGGCCCUUCAGCAGUCUGCGGCUGAGGCUGCUACACUGGCCCUUCAGCAGCCACCUCCAGGGCCCUCUCAAGAAGAGGUGGAGGAGAUGAAGAGCCAGUUGAAGGAGGCGCACGAGGGAGAGCGGCAAGCCGUGGUGGCCAAGAUGGAGGCGGAGCACUCGUCGGAGGUGUCGGGUUAAAGGUGCAGUACGAGGCGGAGCUCCUCAGCGUCAAGGAGGAGAGCUGGGUCGCGGUUUCGAGAGAGGGAGAGGCCGAGCGUAGCUCCACGGAGCAGCAACUGGCCUCCGAGACUGCCAUGAAACAGGUGGAGGAGAUGAAGAGCCAGUUGAAGGAGGCGCACGAGGGAGAGCGGCAAGCCGUGGUGGCCAAGAUGGAGGCGGAGCACUCGUCGGAGGUGUCAGGGUUAAAGGUGCAGUACGAGGCGGAGCUCCUCAGCGUCAAGGAGGAGCUGUCGCGGGUUCGGAGAGAGGGAGAGGCCGAGCGUAGCUCCACGGAGCAGCGACUGGCCUCCGAGACUGCCAUGAAACAGGACCUGCAGUCAGAGCUGGAGAAACUGCAGACUUCUGUUCUCACGUCUCAACAGAACGGUCCUCUGGAUGACCAGGUGGAUGCCGGUCACGAAGAGGAGCUGAGGGCCAAGGAGGACCUACUGGGGAAGGUGGCGGAGGAAAGGGACACGCUGAAAGAGAGGCUCAAAACUGCAGAGACCAACCUCAACGACCUCCAGGGGAAGAACAAUAGUCUGCGAGACAACUGCUGGAAGGCCAGAGACGACUCUGCGCGACUCGAGAAGGAGUCGGAGGCCAAGCUGAAACAGGUCUACAGAGACACUGAGAGCCGUGUCAAGAUGGCAGAGGCGAGGGUUGCCGAGGAGAAAGAGGAGGGAGAGAGGGCACUGCUCGAACGACUGUUCCCAGACGUGAGAGUGGCUGAGACCACCUCCUUCUCUCCCUGGGUCGACCAGUUUGAGAUGGAAGCCCAACUCUGUCUCGAAAACACCAAGAAACAGGUGUGUGAACUAAAGCAACGUGUGGCAGAGUUGGAGGAGGACGAGCAGAUACACUCCCAAGAGGCUCAGGGAUUCAGAGAAACACUCAACAAGGCGUUUGGAAACCUCGAAAAGCUGCAGGAGCAGGUGACAACCGAGACAGUGCAGCACCACCGACUGCUGGAGGAAAGAGAGGAGAUGCUGCAGAGGGAGAGAGUGACUAAUAGAGAUCUGCAGCAGCAACUGAGCAAAGAACGAGAGACAACAACCAAUCUAGAGGCCAAGAUCAAGGAGGUGGGAGAGGGGGGAGGAGGAGAGGAGAGGGUGAGGGAGAUGGAGGGGCAGCUGGAGAAGGCGGCGCAGAGUCAGGAGGACCUCCAUGGAGAGGUGGACCGUCUCACAGCCUCUCUGGACACCACCACACAGCUCAAGACCCAUGCCGAGGACUCUGCUCAUACAGCUGAGGAGCAGGUGUGAGGAACUGCAAAAGAAGCUCCAGGACUUGGAGCCGGCAGACCUGGCAAAACUGGGCCAGUCAAUCAUUCAAUUCCCCACUGACAGUACGGAAAUGUAGUGCGGGACGGACUGAAGCCCAUCAAGUUCACCUGCUCUCACCUCUUCUGGUUCACAAAAUGAUUCUAGUAAUUCUUGAUCACGUGUUUACUUUUUGCCUACCUAUGUAUGUACUACCGUUGUAUAUAUGUAAUACUAUCUCUGCUGUGUAUUAUGAUAAACUUGUAUUGUAAUUUUGUCACGUCGAUCUUGGAAUACUUGCUGC